CGGGUAGAGAAACUUGCAUGUACCUUGGGUGUGCGUGAAUGAGAAUAAUUUAGUUUAGUGUUAAGCGGGUUGUAUUUUGCCCUUAGUCACGGCAUUGCCUUUCUUUUUGCUCUUGAUGCUGGCUGUGACCCAGCAGCUUUGUAUAUUUAUCUUGCUUUAUCAGUGUUGCUUCUUCAGUUGUCUCUUUCUUUCCCCUCCUUUUUUAUUAAUGGAAAUGAGCAAGUAGCUGAAGCUAAUUCAAAUUUGCAGGAAGUCUUGUACACAGUAUAAGAUUUCCAGGACUGUUCCACUCCAGUUUGCAGAUGGGAAGAACUGAAUUUUUGAAUUCUCAAAUCAGGUUAAAAACAAAACAAAACUCCCUGAGUUUUGAUAUGGGUGAGCAUUCAAGUACGAGUUCCCAACCCGCAAAAAUGUGGUACAGCCCACUAAGGACUAAAGCUUUUUUUUACAAUGUUACUGCCCCUUUCUAUAAGCUACCUGAGGUGAAGCUGUUUUUAUUAGUAUUUGUACCAUACUGCAUUUCUUAGAAUGUGUGUGUAGCGCUGUGUGCAUGUAUAUAUAUUUCAAGACCUUGGGAAAAAUAUGCUGGAUGUUUUGUAACAAAGCAUACAGACAAAAGCCAAUAAUUUUCUGUUGCUGUUGCCAGUCAGAGUAGACAGUGCUGAACUAGGUGGGUUAGAAAUUGGACACUGAGGUUGUCAGUAAUCAACAUCUUGCCUGCAUACCUUAUCCAUACAUGUGGAUAAGUGGAAUGUGCACUGCUCUAUCAUUUGUGUAAUAACUGUCAGGGAUAGCCAAAUUAGGAAAUCUGGGUAAGGUACUAUAUUCUCCAGAUAACAGUGUGGGGACCAGAGCAACCCACCACCUUCAUGGAUGUCAAAGCUCUUUCAGAAAGCUGCUGUCACCUAGCAGUAUGACUUGUACUGGUGUGGAGUCAUCACUGUGGGAACAGGACUGAUAUGAAGGUUGGCCCUUAUGCAGAAGCAAGUCCCACUAUGUUCAGUGGAGUUUACUCCUUGGUGGGCUUGUGAGUUGCAGGUGGGUGCCACCGGAGAGUCAUUCAGCCAGCCCAAGAGGAACUUACGGUGGCACCCACCACCCCCGGAAGAGCUGCAAGCUGCAGCGUUGCAAGGCCCACGGACCGGACCAGUUGGUCGGCCUGCCGGUUGCCACCACCCUGUUUUCAGUUUACCGGCGGUGUUGUUGUUGUCCUGGGCCAGGGCAUGCAGACGGAGACCCCCAGCGUUGAGCUGCACUGCCCCUGGCCUGAGCCGCAGGCCAUCACCAUUUUGGACUGGUGUACCGCCCUUUGAAAUAGCUGUAAGUUCAGGAGAAUUGCACUCAGAGAAGCUGUAGUCCUGUCCCGCUGCUGCCAAAGACUGUUCUAAGCCCAUGCACGCUUCAACAGCUCCUUUAGAUGUAGAAGACCCAAACCAAUGUGACCAGCCUAACGAGGUAUCAGAUUGGGAGCUCCAUUGCCCUGUUGUCAGGCUGAACAUCUGUUAAAGAAGGCUGAUUUCUUUUCUUUUUUUUCUGGCUGGGACGCACCAUAUGACCCUGUAAAUGAAUUCAAGAGCUACUUGCACACAUUGAUAACGAAAGGUGAAAUACUUUGAUGUCACUGAUCUUCUGAAACGUGUGAAAUGCCAGAGGACAUCACUAUGGAGUGCUUCUAGAACCAAGGAAUGUCUGUUGUUGUGGGAGAAGGUGUGCACAGGAAGGACUGAGGAGUGUGGAGAUGACGACGGAGAGCAAGCAAGCAAGGGAAAGUGGAAGAGAAGAUUCAAGCUCAGCAGAAGGCCAGUGUGAGUCACAUGUCUGUUGCCCACCAAUCACAGGAGCAGACUUCCCCUGCUUCUUCCAAGUAACUGGAAGGGGAGGGGAAGAAAGAGUGAAACGAAAGAAGUGUUUCUUCUGCGCAUGCGCUUUGAAGACCCACAGAAACAGCCGACAGUAUUUUGAAUAAAGAUUGACAUUCGGAUAGAGGUUACCUUUUCUUUGCCCCUUACGCAACGCUAUCCAAAUAUGAAUCAAAAAGAUUCAUCAGAAGAAGUGGAAGGAAGCUCUGUUCCCUUAUGUUUGGUCUGUGGCCAGCCACACCUACCGGAAGAGAACCAUGUCUACAGCUACACGGAAGAUGUGGAUGAUGACUUAAUCUGCCACAUUUGCUUGCAACCUCUGCUUCAACCUCUGGACACGCCUUGUGGCCACACCUAUUGCAUGGUUUGCCUUACAGAUUUCCUAGUAGAAAAAGACUUUUGCCCUGUGGAUCGCAAACCUCUGAUCCUACAGAGUUGUAGAAAAUCCAGCAUAUUAGUAAAUAAACUCCUGGAUAAGAUAAUGGUUAGUUGCCCUUUCACAGAACACUGUUCGGAGAUCGUGCAACGCUGUAACCUUGAGCAACAUUUUCAAAAUGGAUGUAAAGGAGCAUCUCAUUAUGGCCUUACCAAGGAGCGAAAACGGCGUUCGCAGGAUGCAUCUCCCGAUUCUAAUGCCACCUUAACUGUAGCUGCUCUUGGCCCAGAGCUCUCUGCUUCUGCCACUAUAGCCUUAAUGACACAUGAGCCAGGCCUAAUUAAUCCAGCCUUCAGCACCACCUCAGAAGACAGCCAGUCAGGAGCCAGCUCCACAGACCUUGACAGAAGCAACCAAACUAGAACAGCUCGACAUUUUGAACGUUCCUCUACAAGAAGCAGCUCUUUUAAAAAAAUAAACAGAGCUUUUAGUGUUCUUCGGAGGACAAAAUGUGGAAGUACCGUUGCUAACCACACUGAACAGGAGCAAGAGAGCAUUGAUAAUUUGGUUGCCUCAGGGGAAGAUCCAGUGCACCCUACACCAUUGACAGAUCCAGUGCACCCUACACCACUCCAUGUGUGCAAAACACAAAAAUAUGCAGAAAAAUCACGAAGCAACAUCGGCAAAAGCAAGACAGAAAAUAUACUUCUUUCUAGGUUUGGCAGUCCAUCGAUAUAUAAGAGAUGGAAGUUUAAGGGAACAAAGAAAGUCUUCCCAAGGUUAUACCAUCUCAUCCCAGAUGGUGAAAUUACCAGCAUUAAGAUCAGCCGUAGUGAUCCCACUGAAAGCCUUGCCAUUAGGAUUGUGGGAGGCAGCGAAACACCUUUGGUUCACAUCAUCAUACAGCACAUCUAUCAAGAUGGAAUCAUUGCCAGGGAUGGAAGAUUGCUCCCGGGGGACAUGAUACUGAAGGUAAAUGGCAUUGACAUCAGAAAUGUUCCACACAGCUACGCCUUGUCAGUCCUGAGGCAGCCUUGCCAAGUCCUCCGGCUCACAAUCCUCAGAGAGCAGAGGUACCGAUGCCAAAACAGUGGACUUUCUCUUGAUGUUCCCUGCAGCAGGGAUGACAGUUUUCACGUUGUUCUGAACAAAAGCAGCCGAGACGAGCAGCUGGGCAUCAAGCUGGUCCGCAAGGCUGAUGAAACUGGGGUGUUUGUUUUCAGUUUGCUGGAAGGAGGCAUCGCUGCCCGUGAUGGGCAGCUUCAAGAGAAUGACAGGGUUUUAGCCAUUAAUGGGCAUGACCUUCGAUAUGGAAGUCCAGAAAGCGCAGCCCAACUGAUACAGGCUAGUCAGAAGCGAGUUCACUUCACGGUGUCUCGGCAAACCAGGCAACAGACUCCUGAUAUCUUGCAGGAGGCUGGAUGGGAUUACAGCAGUAGCCAUCAGCCCUUCCCUGCUCUGAGGAACAAUCCUAACAAGACUGCCCUCCAUGCGGUUACCUGUCAUGAAAAGGUGGUGGUUGUCCGAAAAGAUGAUGCAGAAUCAUUGGGAAUGACUGUGGCAGGUGGCUGCUCCUCUCACAGGGAAUGGGACUUGCCUGUCUACGUAAUGAGUGUUGAAUUGGGUGGAGUCAUCAGCAGAGAUGGCAGAAUCAAAACAGGUGAUGUUUUGCUCAAUGUGAAUGGAAUUGAUCUGACAGGUGUCAGCCGUGGGGAGGCUGUAGCCCUUUUGAAAAACAUCUCCUCAUCUGUUGUACUCAAAUUAUUAGAGCUGAAAGAGUGUGAAACCUUGAAAGAUUGGAACAAUGGCUCGUUGUUUGAUGCCAAUUUGAAUAUAUCCACUCAAAGUGAAUGGUCUCCUUCCUGGGUGAUGUGGCUUGAGCUCCCACGGUAUUUAUACAGCUGCAAAGAAAUUGUAUUACGAAGAAAUACAGCAGGAAGUCUCGGCUUCAGUAUCAUGGGGGGUUAUGAACAAAACAGUGGGAACCAACCAUUCUUUAUCAAAUCCAUUAUUGGAGGAACACCGGCAUAUAAUGAUGGAAGAAUCAGGUGUGGUGACAUUCUCCUUGCAGUUAAUGGUAAGAAUGUCUCAGGAAUGGCGCAUGCCUGUUUGGCAAGGAUGCUAAAAGAACUGAAAGGGAAAAUUACUCUCACCAUUGUGUCCUGGCCUGGCACUUUUUUAUGAAGAUGUAUUUCAACUGAAGAGCAACAAAUCAUUUGACACAAUCGGCCACUUAAUAUGGACAUCAGUUUACGCCUGUUUCUGGUCAAUUGUGUACUUGUAAAAGAAAAGGUUGUGAAGUAUAAAUGUGCAUUACAAAAACAGGAUGGUCUUAAGAAAAAGUAAUCUGUGAUAUGUGUUGGAGAAAUAUGCAGUUUUAAAAUAUGAAAGUCAACUGAGAUCCUAAGUCAGGGUACACAUCUUUGCUGCACUAUGUCUCAUAUGUUUGUAUUUUUAUAUCUAAUCAAAGCAGCAGUAGAAAUAUGUUUAUAAACAAGGAAAACCACUUUAAAUAAUACCUAAUAUAAGAACUAUGGAAUAACUGUUGCAAUACUUUUCUAUGAGAUGACGGUAUCAAUUCAGGACAUAGAAAACAAUCUGAUGAUUAAUAUGAAGUCCCUUCUUGUGGUCAGUAUGAAUCAGAAAUUUUUUUCAAUAUUUUGUUUCCUAGUGUCUAAUAACUGAAUGGAAUUUCAUUUUUACCACUAAAAUUAACUGUAAUUGUAAUUUGUAAAGCCAGGUUAUUUUCAUUAAAAAAGCACGGAAAAAACACAUUUCUCCCCAGUUCUUCUAAUUCUUGGUAUGAAUCAUCUCAUUUGAGUGUUCUGCUUAUUUUAUUUAGCUUUGCUCACCAUGUUCUGUUAUGGUCAGUUCUGAACCAACAUAAUAAUGAAAGAAGACAAAGUGUAGCAAAAUUCUGGGGUAGGCAGAGAAGGGAAAAAUAAAUUAUCUAGAUCAAGUAAGCUGAGAGGAAAACUAGUGGAAAUUGGGACAGCUGAGCUAGGUAGACCACAUAGGUAGACACCUACAACAGAUCCAAGAGGACAGAGAAGCAUCACAUACUGAGGCUACUUAGUGUUGUACAGCAGUAGCCAAGACUCAAACUUAUUUUACAUUGUGUAUUCAAGAGAAACAGAAAACAGGUGUAAUUAUAUGCAGUUUUGUUUGUUUUUCAAACUUAAAACAUUACAUAAAAGCAUGUGAAGAGCCAAACACAUGCUGGUUCCAGUUCCUUCCAUCAGGAUCUGUAUAUGUUGAUCAAAUGGGACAUCUCCAGUUUGUGGUGUAUCACUUUCUUUACUAUUCGAAAAGAUUCAGCAUUAAAUCUACACACUGCACUUGGAUGGAGCUUGUGUAACAGUGUAAAAGACCUCCUCACUAACCAAGCACAAUUUGCCAUGUAUACCAUCUGUGUUUUCCUUAUCUUUCUAGCUUCGUAGGCAAGACAAAACAAUGUA